AUGCCGUCAGCUAAGAGACAAAAUUUCUUCGGUCCUUGGACAAGAAGUGAUUCAACACACUCAAUUGUGAUGAAAAACUCAAUCAUAAAUUCAAACACAAAAAUUUAUUCAAAAACAGUGCCUUCAUCUCCGGUCAGUAAAUCGCCAUUUAACUCGCCACCUAGAUCAGGGUCUCCUCCAAAUGGAUUAAGUUCAUCACAUCCACAACCAUCAGCAUUAAGAAGACAUUUUUCAAGCACAUUUAUGCUCAUUCCUGAAGACCAGGAAUUAAAAAAAAUUGUUGACUCUAAAUCAAUCAGUAACGGAACUCAUAUACAUGCAAGUGAGGAUGAAAAACAUCAAGUUAGCAGUUUGCAUAUCAUUCUGAGAUUAAUUUUAUGGUGGCCAUUGUUGAUUAUUUCAUUGUGCCAAAAAUUCAUUAACUUUAUGAUGAAAAAUGUUUGGAAUUUCAAGUCAACUCCAUCAUUCUGGUUAUCAGCACUUUUGUGGCUCUUCUGGAAACUCAUUUCAUAUCCACUUGCACUGCUGAAAAAUGUCCUUAUUUUCUUACACACACCGGCACAUGAGAGAAGCAGGAAAAAGCGAACAGUCCUCAUUUCUGGCGGAAGUACAAUUCAGGCACUUCAUUUAGCUAGAAAUUUCCAUUCAGCUGGUGCACGAGUUAUUGCAUUUGAGUUUGAAGGACUUUUUGCACUAGCAAGAUUUUCAGUAGCCGUUGAUAAAUUCUACACAAUUCCAGCAUCAGCAAAAGAAAAUGCAAAUGAUUAUGUAAAUGCUGUUAUGCGCAUUGUUGAAAUUGAAAAGCCAUCACUCUAUAUCCCUGUUUGUGCAACAUCACCAGCUUAUUUCGAUGCACUAGCUAAGCCUCACAUGGAACUAGAAGGUGUCCAAAGAAUUUUUUGUCCUGGUGCUCAAGAAGUUUCAAUUCUUGAUGAUAUUGGAAGUGUUUUGAAGAAAUGCGAAAACCGAAAUAUUCCAGUUCCACCCUAUCGUGUAUUAAACAGCAAAGAAGAUCUGAUGAAAUUAUACGACUCUGGAUUUAUGAAAAACUUCCGUAAUGUUCUCAUAGCAACAGGUGCACAAGGAAUUAUUGAGAGACAAAAAUAUAUUCUGCCUGCAAAUAAACGCGAUUUAAAUUUAUCAGUAGAAAUAAGUGAAGAUAAGCCAUGGAUUGUCCUACGUGAUGUGCCCGGAAAACAUUAUGUGACAUGUAGCACGAUUAAAGAUUCAAAAGUUAUUGCUAAUGUCACUUGUGCGAUUCAACCUGAUACUCGCAAUUUAGUGCCUGAAUCAAAUCCUGAAAUCGAAAAAUGGCUUAACGACUUUUUCGAGAAGGUUCGCUUUAUGCGCAACAUAAAUGGACACGUAAGCUUUAGAUUUGUUAAAAGCGAAGCCAGUGGAAAUUUACUAACAUUAGGAACGCGAGUUGGUGUGACAUUAUCAUAUUUAUGUUAUACCGGUGUACAGUCACGUGUCGUACAAAAACCAUGUCCUCAUUUUGAACGCAAAAAUUCAGGCUCAAUGACACAAUCGAGACACUUUCUUCCUGACACAGUCGCAAACACAAUUAAGAAUCCUUCAGCGCAGUCAAUAGAGAAGCUGAUAGGAUCAGUAUUGGAUAAAAGAGAAGCAUUGUUCUUGUAUUGGGAUCCUCUACCUUAUAUAGCAUUUUAUCAUUUUCAAUUACCUCUCCGAAAAAUUUCAAAGUUCCUUAAACGACAUAGUAAACGAAGCAGUCAACAUUCAUCAGGACUUUGA